UUUCGUACUAUAAAGACAUACUUUCGUUAGAGUAAAAAAUAAAAUUUUCGGUUUUCAAAAAUUUUGAAGCCUUUUUUUCCAGUCAGUUUUCUACUUCACACAACUACCAUGAACUCUUCGGAAACUAUAGAUGAGAAAUCAAAAUUUAUAGCCCUAUUUGAGGCAUUUGAAAAAGAAAUCUUGUCUGGUUCUCCAGAAAAUAGGCAUGCUACUCGCACAAGGAAGGUGGUAAAGAGUGCUAAGCUUCAAAAGAUGACCGCCAGACCAAGUCCGGGGGCCUCCAGAUACAAGCAAAGCAUUGCCCAUCUGAAGGCAAGCUCUCUUUCAAAGAAGAGGUGUUUACAGAACAAGGCAAAAUAUGAACCGCAGCAAGCCGAAAACGUGUGGGCCAAUACCUCGUGGUUCCAGGGGGCCCAAUCCCAGGAAGCGGUUCCCCCAACCGAAGAUGCGAAGACCCUCCAGUGGGCUUUUAACCAACCCGCGGUACCCCAAACGCAGCACUCGUGGUUCCAAGGGGCCCAAACUCAAGGCGCAGCUCCCCAACACUCGUUAUUCCAUGUGGCCCAUAAUCAACCCCGAACCGAAGACUCAUCGUUCCAAGAGGCCCCUUGCCAACCCGCGGUACCCCAAACGCAACAGUCGUGGUUCCAGGGGGCCCAAUCCCAGGAAGCGGUUCCCCCAACCGAAGAUGCGAAGACCCUCCAGUGGGCUUUUAACCAACCCGCGGUACCCCAAACGCAGCACUCGUGGUUCCAAGGGGCCCAAACUCAAGGCGCAGCUCCCCAACACUCGUUAUUCCAUGUGGCCCAUAAUCAACCCCGAACCGAAGACUCAUCGUUCCAAGAGGCCCCUUGCCAACCCGCGGUACCCCAAACGCAACAGUCGUGGUUCCAGGGGGCCCAAUCCCAGGAAGCGGUUCCCCCAACCGAAGAUGCGAAGACCCUCCAGUGGGCUUUUAACCAACCCGCGGUACCCCAAACGCAGCACUCGUGGUUCCAAGGGGCCCAAACUCAAGGCGCAGCUCCUCAACACUCGUUAUUCCAUGUGGCCCAUAAUCAACCCCGAACCGAAGACUCAUCGUUCCAAGAGGCCCCUUGCCAACCCGUGGUACCCCAAACGCAACACUCGUGGUUCCAAGGAGUCCAAACCCAAGCCGCGGUACCCCCAACCCAAGAAUCGGUACCGCAAACCCAUAAUCAACCCGAGGGUCCCCGAACCCUAGAUUCGUGGUUCCAAGUGGCCCAAACCCAAGAGGCGGUACCCCAAGCGCAAGUCCCGUUGUUCCAAGGGGCCCAUUCCCAAGGCGCGGCUCCCACAGCCCAAAACUCGUUGUUCCAAAUGGCCCAUAACCAACCUGAGGGUUCCCGAACCCUAGACUCGUUGUUCCAAAGGUUGACCCUGAACGAGUAACUCCAAGGGGCCAAGUACCAACCAGACGUGUCCGAAGCCCAAGAUGCGUGGUUCAAUCCAAGUGGUCAAAGCCCAAUCCAAAGGGUCGUAUGAAUACAAUGUCACGGUUUAUUAAAUAAUAUUAUUUUUGAGCAAAAAAA